GAACUGGGUCUUGAUGAGGAGGUAUCAGCGGCCAAGAAGCCCAAAGCACCCAGAGUCAAGUUGGAUGCAGAAAAGCUACUCUCAGACAAGGGCCUAGCAGAACUACGCAGAAUGGCCAGAGAUCUGGAACUGAAGGGCAAGGGCCACGAGUGGGGUGACGCAGCGCGUCUCCUGUCCUUGUACCAGGGUUGGCUGGAUGGCCUCUUUCCCCGUGGCAAGUUCCUUGAUGCACUUGCUAUGGUGGAGAAGACAGGACACAAUCAAGUCGUCAAAAAAGUACGCGAGGCAAUGAUCAACGAG